AUGACGGACGUCCCCGAGUUGGCCGCGAUGUCCGUGCCGCUGUGGGCCGGCGUGCUGCUGAACGUCUACAACCUGCUGCUGACGCUGGCGCAGCUGUGGCGCCGCCGGACGGCCGCGGUGGUCAACGCCGUGGUCUGCUCCAUCUCGCUGGGCAACGUGCUGCUGAGCCUCUCCUGCUUCCUGCUCAUCGUGCUGAUCUCCGCCGACGCCACCGUCACCCGGGACGGCCGGGUCCACCCGCUCUUCAGCGCGGGCCUCUUCCUCUGGCUGGCCAGCUGCUGCGUGAGCUUCUGGUCCAUCGCCUGGCUGAACGUCUUCUACUGCGUGAAGGUGGUCAGCUUCUCCAUGGAGUGUUUCGGGGCGCUGAAGAGAAACGUCGACGCUCUCGUCGGCGUCGAUCUCUUUCUCACCUUCGUCGCCUCGUGCCUCUUGCUCAGCCCCUUUCUGACCCUGCGCCUCGUCUUCUACCCGCUGAACGGUGCCCACGGCACCAAUGCCAGCGGCGCGCAGAACGCCAGCUUCUCCGCGGCCAUGCUCUUUGCCCCGUGGAUCGACACGAACCUCUACACCGCCGCCUUCGUGUGCCUGCUGUGCCCGUUUCCCCUCAUGGUGAUGCUGCCCACGUCUCUGCGCCUGGUGGUGCACCUGUGCCGGCACACGCUCGCCCUCCGCAAGAACCAGACCCAGGUGCAGAGCUCGGCCUCCUACCUGCAGGUGUGCAAGCUCACCGUGUCCCUGGUGGGCGUCUACGUCACCACGCUCUUCAUUGUCUCCUUCUUCUUCAUCUCCCACCUCCAGGGGAACCUCAUCUCCUACAGCGUCAUCAUGGUGGGCUGCACCUUCUACUGCGUGUGCAGCGCGGGGCUGCUGACCGCCUCCAACAGGCAUCUGAAGGACAGACUGCGCUGUGGGCCCUGUUGGAAGGACCCCUCAGAACCAGCCAGCAAAGGCCAGAGCAAGGAAACCGCUUUGACAUGA